GAGCAACGGGUAUAAAGAACCCGGCUCCAGGCUUCGCAGGGGGAAGCGCUCUCCUCGUCCAUCCUCAUCCGUGUUAGGUGCAGUUCGGGACACCAGGAAGAUGGCACCGGCUGGGGGCAAAAAUGCCAAGAAGGGCAUCCUAGAACGGCUAAACUCUGGAGAGGUCAUCAUCGGAGAUGGAGGGUUUGUCUUUGCGCUGGAGAAGAGGGGCUACGUGAAGGCAGGGCCCUGGACUCCAGAAGCUGCUGUGGAACACCCAGAAGCAGUUCGCCAACUUCAUCGAGAGUUCCUCAGAGCUGGCUCGAAUGUCAUGCAGACCUUCACCUUCUAUGCCAGUGAAGACAAGCUGGAGAACAGGGGGAACUAUGUUGCAGAGAAAAUAUCCGGGCAGAAAGUCAAUGAAGCCGCUUGUGACAUUGCCCGGCAAGUGGCUGAUGAAGGAGAUGCUUUGGUAGCAGGGGGUGUGAGCCAGACACCUUCGUACCUUAGCUGCAAGAGUGAAACUGAAGUCAAAAAAGUCUUUCAGCAACAGUUAGAGGUCUUCGUAAAGAAGAACGUGGACUUCUUGAUCGCAGAGUAUUUUGAACAUGUUGAAGAGGCUGUAUGGGCAGUUGAAGCCUUGAAAGCAUCAGGGAAACCAGUGGCGGCAACUAUGUGCAUCGGCCCAGAGGGAGACUUGCACAGCGUGACCCCUGGCGAGUGUGCGGUGCGCCUGGUUAAAGCAGGAGCUUCCAUCGUGGGGGUGAACUGCCAUUUUGACCCCACAAUUAGCUUACAGACAGUGAAGCUCAUGAAAGAAGGCUUGGAGGCUGCGGGACUGAAAGCCCACCUCAUCAGCCAGCCCUUGGCCUACCACACUCCCGACUGCGGCAAGCAGGGGUUCAUCGACCUGCCCGAAUUCCCCUUUGGACUGGAACCCAGAGUUGCAACCAGAUGGGAUAUUCAAAAGUAUGCCAGAGAGGCCUACAACCUGGGGGUCAGGUACAUAGGCGGGUGCUGUGGAUUUGAACCCUACCACAUCAGGGCAAUUGCAGAGGAGCUGGCUCCGGAGAGGGGAUUUUUGCCACUGGCUUCAGAAAAACAUGGCAGCUGGGGAAGUGGUUUGGAUAUGCACACCAAACCCUGGAUUAGAGCCAGGGCCAGGAAGGAAUACUGGGAGAAUCUUCAGAUAGCCUCGGGCAGGCCGUACAACCCUUCCAUGUCAAAGCCCGACGCCUGGGGAGUGACCAAAGGAACAGCCGAGCUUAUGCAGCAGAAGGAAGCCACAACGGAGCAGCAGCUGAGAGAGCUCUUCGAAAAACAGAAGUUCAAGUCUGCACAGUAGCCUCAAUGGAAACUGUUUUUAGUGACUUCCUCUAGGCUUGGGCCACAGUUCCAAAACUAAGGAAAAGAUGGUUAAAAGGCAAUGCUUAUACAAAUGCCAGCUUACGCGUCAAGAUUGACAGGAACUGAACAAAACAAUUAUAAAUAACACUUGACCAUUUUUUUAAAAGUAUGUAUUUAGAACUUGGAAGCAAAAUGAAUAACAAGUAAAUCUUAAACUGGGUUACUAAGUAAACCAGGUACACAGUAUUGAGGAAAUCACUGUGGCCAAGAAAAAAUAAUUUGGACAAUAGUCCUACUUUAAAAUUUCACAGGCUGGUAAGGAGGAUGAGAUGUGAGCUGUCAUAAAUGGUGUAGCAACCAGACAAGUGCAAAGUGCUAUAGGACAGUGACUUUCAAGCUUCUUGGAAAUGGCCCUUAAUGAGAAACACAAUUUAUGUAAUGACCCGGUAAGGCACAUGUACAACCAUUGAAAUAAAAUGUGAUCCAUUCUGGUAUUUUUAAAUUCCAUUCCUUUCUGUCCUAUUUCAUUAAUAAAAUAUGCUGGUUAAGGCCUUUUAAA